AUGCAACGUUCCUUGGCCAGCCUUUUGAUUUUUGCCUUGAUUAUGCAGCUGAUUUCUUGCCAAGCCUGCCUCAGCAGAAGCGAAUGCCCUGAAGGAAAGCGUUGUUGCCAGCCAAUAAGAAUGAGGAGUCGUACUGGACAUCCAAUGCCGCUUGUCGGAAAUCCGUUCGGCACCUGCCGCCCAUUCUGCAUCGCCGGUGAGAUGAGCGGGUUCAGCGAAACAGCCACAUCACAUAAU